AUGCCAGCCCAAGUUGCAACCCCCCCUGGUCGAGAAGGCUUCACCAAAGCUUCCACCAAAGUAUCACCUGCAGGAUAUUUUGACGGUGAAAAUUCGAAAGAAAACAAUACUGGGCGAAAGUCAGUACCACCGUCACCUCCCGCUGGAAGAAUACAAGGAUCACCAAUGACUCCCACUAAACUCAAUAUCCAACGGCAGUCUCGUCAGUCGCAGAUCGGGAACGAAGAGGAAUCACGUAAAACACAUGAAAAUGAGAGUUUUCAACAGGCAGCAUUGUUUCUACCUGUUACUACUGAAAUGCCCUACCGAACAGCACCGCCGCCGCCCACGACUCUUAUAGAUCCUCCUCAGCAGUCAGAACUGAGGAUGUCUGGGGAAUCAUCGUCAGCUUCAAGAACCUCAUCAGAGACCUCGGCAGCCUACUCAAGUCGAUUUGGAAAUGGAAUUCCCGAACGAAUCGAUGAAAAUGAAGCUGAUGCACCACCUGAGCAACCAGUGCCUCAACUGCAAUAUUACCACCAGACUACAACGACUCCAAAUCAUCGAGCUUCUAUGCCUAUUGGCACAGGUUCAACCGAUUUCAUGGAAGCAGGAUCCUCGACAAAUCGCCACUUAACCCCUAAUUCAUAUGCCAGACAUUCUUCUAAUAAUUCAAGUCAGAGACCAUUAUCUGCGUAUUCUGAUCUGGGUGGUAGAACUCGCUCACCUGGCAAUGGCCCUAACUCACCAACUUGGCGUACGGGAUCCGCUAACUCGGGAGGUCUCAUGAUAGGCCAAUGUCGAUCAAAUGCGUCACUAUUAAGUGCACAGAAGACAUUGGAGAUGUAUCGGCAAAAUGCCAAGAAAUCGAGUAGUUCAGAGAUACAAUAUUCUUUCGCUAUAUUUUUAAUACAAGCGGCUCAAGAGGCUGGUUUAAACGUAGAAGAAGACACUCCACGAAAAGCUAGCCCGAAACCUGGUCGCAAUAGCCCUUAUAUAGAGAGUGAACCUGCCACUCCACAAAACCUACUGCGCGAAGCCAAGAGCAUUCUACAAAAGCUAGCCGACCGAGGGUAUCCAUUCGCACAAUAUUAUUUAGCUGACGGGUUUUCCUCUGGGCUGUUUAAUAAAGGAAAACCAGAUCACCAUACAGCCUUUUCAUUAUUCGUUUCAGCAAGCAAGCACGGCCAUGCUGAGUCUGGUUACCGAGCUGCGUUGUGUUAUGAAUUUGGGUGGGGCUGUAGAGCUGAUGCUGCAAAAGCAGUGCAAUUCUAUCGAGCAGCGGCAGCUAAAAACCAUCCUGGUGCAAUGACUCGUCUUGGUCGAGCUUGUCUCUCUGGUGACCUUGGCUUUGAUCGAUAUAAGGAGGGCCUUAAGUGGCUGAAACGAGCCACCGAAUCGGCCGAUGCGCAGUACAAUUCUGCGCCGUAUCACCUGGGAGUAUUGUACGAGAAUGGCUACGGAGAAGAUCUUUUCAAGGAUGAAGCCUAUGCGGCUGAACUCUUUACCCAAGCUGCAGAGUUAGGAAACGCCGAUGCUUCUUUCAAACUAGGCCAGGCAUAUGAACAUGGAAAACUUUCAUGUCCUCGAGAUCCCGCUUUAAGUGUGCACUUCUAUAACGGAUCCGCGGAGGCUGGUAAUCCCGAAGCUAUGAUGGCGUUGUGUGCUUGGUAUUUGAUUGGUGCUGAACCGGUACUCGAAAAAGAUGAGAAUGAAGCAUAUGAGUGGGCACGAAGAGCUGCUGACAUGGGUCUUCUCAAGGCAGAGUAUGCUAUAGGAUAUUUCACAGAGAUGGGUAUUGGUUGCCGACGCGAUCCGCUGGAAGCUAAUGUUUGGUACGUGAAAGCUGCCGAAUCUGGCGAUGAGCGCGCGAAGCACCGACUUGCCAAAAUCCGAGCGGCAGCAUCGGGAGGUACACCGAUGGAAGUUGCCCCACCCAGAAAUGCGGCCAAGAUUAAGAAAAGUGCUUCGGCAGUCGAUAAACCGGGGAAAGAUGAAAAGGAGUGUGUGAUAAUGUGA